ACCCGACUGGUCGUCCGGGCGCCGCGUCCGUCAGAGCCGGCGCGCCCCGAGCCCGCAGCUGGGAUGGCGGAGGCCGACGAGGCCGAGGAGCAGCAGCGAUUCUCUUACCAACAGCGGCUGAAGGCGGCCGUCCACUACACCGUCGGCUGCCUUUGCGAUGAAGUCGCGGCAGACAAAGAGAUAGAGUUCAGCAAACAAACCAUCGCGGCGAUUUCGGAGGUGACUUUUCGACAAUGCGAAAAUUUUGCCAGAGACCUUGAAAUGUUUGCCAGACACGCGAAAAGAAGCACAAUUAACACGGAAGAUGUGAAGCUCUUAGCCAGGAGGAGUCAUUCGCUGCUAAAAUACAUCACAGAGAAAAAUGAAGAGCUCACUCAGUUGAAUGUAGAAAGAAAAGCAAAGAAGAAAAAGUUAGAGAAUGAAAACAGAAGCUCAGUAGAGCUCGCAGAGGCUGCAGGAGUGGAAAGUGAGGACUAAACUGGAUGGCCACUCGGUGAAAGCAAACUUCAGCUGGUCGAACCCCCAAAAUGCGUGCCGCCACCUGGGGACUCUGAGGGAGAAGUGGAGGUUUAGACAGGGCUGGGUGGCUCUCCACACUGUGUGCUCCGAGUCAUUGGCUGCAGAAGCCCGUGUGGAAGAGACCUGGACACCCUUCGGCAAAAUACCUCCUCGUCUGCGGGAGCGUGUCAGAAGAAAGGCGUGUUUGGGGGUGUGUGAGAUGAUAGCUGGCGUGGUUAAUAAAUUGUCUUAGCAAUUUCAUGUGGUUGACUUUAAAAACCUUAUUUACUCUUUUAUAUAAGUUUCUCGCUAUCUUCAUUCCUGUAAUGAGAACUUUUGGUGGUCUUUUGGCUUCACUUGCCAUCUUUCUGUCGGACCAUUUAUAUUUUUGAUGCGCGGCCUUACGGCACAUCUUCCAGAGGGCUGACUCCGCUUCCUGGGUUCUCAGGCACCUCUUCCCCGUUAAGCAUCCCAGUUAGGGCUUCGUGUGCUCUGGCGUGUCCGAGGGGAUGUCGAUCAUCCUUCGUGUUCCACCUUUGGUGGCACAGGGCAGGAAGGAGCUCUAGAGGGUUCUUUUUUUGGCAGACUUGCUUCCUCUGAGUCCUGGGAGUUCCUCUGAACUUAGCUGGCCCCGUUAACCUUAUAACCAGAUGCUUAACCAUAUAGAGAAGCUGAUGUCUUUGAGAUGCAGGCCUGGUGACAUAGGUGGGGGCAAUGUACAUUUUUUAUUAUCACACCAGUUCCGACAAAUAUUUGGAAAAAAAGAUGCGCUGAUUUUUUAUCACUGCAAUUGCUUGGUGCUGGGAAAGUUUCCAAACAUCCCCUUCUGCCCGUUGCAGCAGGAACGGUCCACACCGGCUCGUACUUAGCAGAUACCUCAUGGCCUCGGAAGGGAACUCAGGGCAAGCGUAUUCCCUCUUGAACUGUGGGACUGUAAUGAAGCCUGAGAGGCCACUCAGCCCCGCUGCGGCCUUCCUGACCUGUGUCCCGGGUUCUGCUCCAGGGACGCGCGCCCUCGCAUGGACAUUAUCGGCUGUUAAAAGAUCCUGCUGUAUUCAGAGACGUCUCCCACCCUCCCGCUUCUGUCCAGGCCCUAGCUCUUUGGAAUAAACAGUCUUUGUCUUUCAAGAUAAUUCAGUACUGAGU